UAAAACACAAAGAAAUACACACUACAGGUACAAACGAUGUACUCAUGUGGGUACUACCCCAGUAUGAAGGAAAGGAACAGUUUGGCGCUUUGACUGCGCUGCAGAUGGAGCGCGAGACAGUUCCCGAGUCCGCUAGCAUCUGAUUGGUUGAGUCUCCGCACAGCCGCACGGCCGCUUUGCCCACCCACCGUUUAUAUAGCAAUCCGCGCACAUUACCGACUUCCUGCACCGAGGAGGUUAUUAGAAGCGCGCGCUCAUGGCAGCUAAUGAUUAUCGCGGUUACCUGCGGAACCAUAUGGACAUGGAGCACGGGGGCUCGCGCUUCCAGCCGCCUACCCAAAGCGCCCACAGGCCGCUGAUUUUCGGCACACUGGCUGUGAUGGGACUGCUGCAGGUCGCGUCUAGUGUCACCAUUUUGCUGCACUUGACCGGUUAUCUUCGCGAGGUUGACCUUUCUUCAGCUCAGCCUAUAGAGGAAGUUCAUUCUGAACCCAUAAUUGCUGAUGCGUUCAGAGACAUCAAGAAAAAGGACAGAUCCAGAAAAAAAGAUCAAACACCUGUAGCUCACCUUUCUGUCAAGACCCCCAUGGACUUCGCAAGCACUGACUCCAAGGUCGUGACCACUAUCCAUUGGAACCAGUUUCAUGGCACUCUGACGAAGGUCAAAUACCACGAUGGACGAUUUGUGAUGGAGGAACAAGGAUUGUAUUAUGUGUAUGCCAAGACCUGUUUCCGCUAUGCCCCUGAUCACGCCUCAAAGAAACAGGAUGUUAGCAACGUCCAACUGAUUCAGUAUAUUUUCCAUGAGAGUCACACACAAUCUAAACUCAAACCUGUGCUGCUUUCAAAGAGCGGAGGCACGUUCAAUUGGAGUGACCCAAACUACAACAUGUACUGUGUGCAACAAGGAAGAAGUGUCCGGUUGGGUCAAAGUGACGGCCUUUUUGUCAAUGUGUCCAAUUCUUGGCUGUUGGAUCCUGAGCCAGAGGGGACUUACUUUGGUGCUUUUAAAAUGAGCACCUGACUUUUGUUUAUUUUUUGCUACUGAACUGGUUUAUGCACAUUUUUCAACCUUAUGAACAAUUUCAACAUGGCCUAGAACCACUGAGCACUUAUAUUUUAGAUCACUGUCUUCUGACUAUUUUUUUUUUUCAAUAUUGAUUUAUAUUGUAGAUCGUUAAGGGCACAUCAGACGUCUAACUGUUCAUUUUGUUAUAAAAGUUUUGGCAUGUUAACAUUAUCUGUCAUAGUAGGUUAAGAAGGCAUUGCUACUUCAUUAUGGACUUCACUUGCUGUCCAUACUUGUGUCCAAACCUUGCAGUAACAAACUGAGUGAAUUACCUGAUUACCUUGAGUAGUUACAGGCUCAAGGGAUUGCUGUAAUUGGCUGGUCAGAUUUUGGUACUGCAACAGCAGCACUAGGUGGUCACACUGAAGUAAUGGUUGUAGUCCCAGUUCUGCUACUUCAUAUUCAGUUUUUGUAUGCGAAUCUUCAACCUGUCAAGAGUUGAAGCAGGUGUAUUAAUCAGGUAAAACAUACAUAGUCCACUCCUCUCAGAUCCACGAUUCAGAACCACUGUAUAAAACCUUCAACUGAAUAUUUGUUAUGCUCUGUUUAGCAAGCUGAAAUCCUAGAGCAGAUUUGGCACUGAUUUUGCAACUCCCAGUUUAAUACGAUUUUAAAAGAUUAACAUAAAGGCUGUUAGAGGUCUGAAUCAUGCAGACUUUGUUAAAUAAAUGGAUUUUUUGUUGGUUAUGCAAAAUUUGUUUGAACAAAGCAAAACAAAAUCAAAGAUAGCUGGACUGUCUUUUAGUCGUUGUGACAGCUGAAAAGAUUGACAUGAAUACAGUGAACCAAACUGAGUUUGGUACAUGCUAAUUUAAAGUUAUUUUUCAUUUCACUCCUGGAGGAAAUGAGAAAAUGCACUAAAUGUAUUUAUUUAUUUUUUAUGAUGAAAAAGAUAGACAUUUGUAAAAUGUUCUGUCUUCUUCUAAAACUCUUGUACAGUGUGUAUGUCUGCCUAAGCUCCAUUCUUUCCACAGGUUUUGGAUGACAGGCGUUGACUUUAGGUCAGUUGUAGAUGCGCUUUUUUGCAAAUGGGGGGAAGCACAGGGCUCCUUUUAAACCUUAUCUUGAGUGGUUUCUGAUUAAAGAAACUUUGUAUUUAUGUAUCUUGUAUUUGACAAUUCUGUGCAAAAAUUCUCAUUCAAAGCAGCAUUUAUUGCUGUUCAACGUACAAUUUCAAACAUAAAAUUUUUAUGAUUUUUCAUAUCAAAUGUUUUGUUUAAUAGUAUUGUUUAUUUAUAUCAUUCUAACUAAUAAAAAUACUUUUCUAAAUAUGCCUAAAAUGCGGUAUUUCUGGUUUUGCUUCGAGUUAAAAGCUAAUGUUUUGUUCAGUAGUAAUAAUGUCAUUCAGCUAUUCCUCAGCUACACUGUCUCACUUAAUGACAUAAAUUUAGUGAGUUCUCCAACAGGUCAGUACACAAGGAUGGUUGAUUUUAACGUCUGAUGAGUAAGAAAGUCACUACUUGGUCCUCAAGCAUUGCUAUCAACAUUUAAAUUCUUAGCCUUACGCUU